AUGAGCAAUUCAACAGAAAAUAGUGCUUCAGGAACUGCGUCUAUCACUAAGGAGCCUACUUCUUCUUCUUUGCAAAAUGAUCUUCUCUUACAUUUGAAUACACACAAUAAAUUAAAUACAUGGUCUUAUGCAAAUGAACAUAAUAUUGAUCAUCAACUUGUCAUUGGUACUUUUCGUAGUAUUCAAUCGAUGGGUGAUAUUGUUAGAAUGGAACAGGAAACAUCACGGUCAAUAGCACCAACGGAUGAAGGAAAAAUAUUAAUUGACAAUGGUAGCUAUGAAUACAACCUCUUUCAAGCAGUUCCUGCUGAUAAAGGCAUUGAACAACCUGAACUUAUGAAACUACCAAAUGCAAAUAUUGGCUUUGCUAAAGCAAUGUCUAAUGGUUGGUUAGAAGUUGACAAAUCAUGUAAACCAGCAAUAGUCAAACGCAAGGUUGAUAAUGUUCAUGAUGAGGUAAAAAAUUUACUUAUGCGUAUUCAAUCAUUACAAUUAUCUGAUCCAAAUGCUAAAGAAGUAGUUGACUUGAAAAAAAGGAAAUUGGUUAAAGAUGAUGUUGUCAAUUAUUUUAUUGUUACAAAAUCAGCUGGUUUUUCAACAAACAUAGCCAAAGGUGAAGCUGAAUUAACAGCAGACAUGUUACAAACUGGUUCAUGGAAAUCAUUAAAUUUUAAACAAUAUAAUUUUAAUGCAAAAGGAAUGAUUCCAUCCUAUGGAUGUUUACAUCCAUUAUUGAAAGUUCGCACUGAAUAUCGGCAAAUAUUUCUUGAAAUGGGUUUUACAGAAAUGCCAACAAAUAAUUAUGUUGAAAAUAGUUUUUGGAAUUUCGAUGCACUUUUCACUCCUCAAAAACAUCCAGCACGUGAUGCACAAGAUACAUUUUUCUUGUCCGAUCCAGCAAUAACAACUAAACUUCCAACAGACUAUCUUGAAAAAGUUAAACAAGUUCAUUCAACCGGGGCUUUCGGUUCAAUAGGUUAUCAAUAUGAUUGGCAACUUGAAGAAGCACAAAAGAAUGUUUUACGGACACAUACAACUGCUGUUAGUACACGAAUGCUCUAUAAAUUGGCACAAGAAAAAACAUUCAGACCAGCAAAAUAUUUUUCAAUAGAUAAAGUUUUUCGAAACGAAAAUCUCGAUGCAACACAUUUAGCUGAAUUUCAUCAAAUCGAAGGUUUAAUUGCUGAUUAUAAUUUAACAUUAGGUGAUCUUAUUGGUAUUCUUUAUGAAUUCUUUCGUAAACUUGGCAUGACUAAGCUUCGUUUCAAGCCUGCUUAUAAUCCAUAUACUGAACCAUCAAUGGAAAUUUUUAGUUAUCAUGAAGGUUUGAAAAAAUGGAUUGAAGUUGGAAAUUCAGGAAUGUUUAGACCGGAAAUGUUACUUCCGAUGGGCUUACCAGAAAAUGUAUCAGUCAUUGCUUGGGGUCUCUCACUCGAACGUCCAACAAUGAUCUUAUAUGGUAUCAAUAAUAUUCGUGAUUUGAUUGGACCUAAAGUAGAUUUGGAAAUGUGUCGAGAAAAUCCAAUCUGUCGUGUGAUUCCAGCUAAAGUUGAAAACUAG